UUUCGCUCAGUUAAAUGCCUUUUAAGCGCAUUCAAGGGAAACGAAGAGGUUUGCCGCGUGCCCCUUGACCGCCUCUUAUCUUAUCAGCAAGCCUGCGAGAAUUACUCACCGCCGUGCCGCGGUUACGGUCGCGCUCUCUCGCUCCCUCUCCCGAGCCAGAAUUCCAGCGGGUCCGUCUCGCCGGGCCGGGUAGGAGUGUCAGCGAGAACCGACUUUUUUAUUACUCUGGCCAUGGAUCAAAGUCCGUCGCCGGAUCUCCACCGAGCGUCAGUCGCCUUGUUCCCGGAGCUGUGGCGCUGCGGCUCGCCGUCUGCCUCUCCCCGUUCUCUCCCUCUCCCGCUCCCCCCGGGUCUUGACCCCAGUGCUGCGAGAAAGCAGUGACUGACCUCCCCUUCACACCAAACAUGAGCAUCUCACCCUUCUGUCCGGACCAGCUUCCGCCCGCGACUUUUUGGCCUGCCGACUAUGAGCAGAGUUUGCUGCUGAAGGACAGACCGUCCACAUCCCAGGAUCUGGGAGCAGAGCCAGACUCGGGGGACCCCCAGGGGGAGGCCUGCCCCAUCUGUGGGGACAGAGUGUCAGGAUACCACUAUGGCCUGCUCACUUGUGAGAGCUGCAAGGGUUUCUUCAAGCGCACGGUGCAGAACAGCAAGCGCUACACGUGUGCGGAGAGGCAGAGCUGCCCCGUGGACGUGGCCCAGCGCAAACGCUGCCCCUACUGCCGCUUCCAAAAGUGCCUGACUGUGGGCAUGCGGAGAGAGGCGGUGAGGGCCGAUCGAAUGCGGGGCGGGCGGAAUAAGUUCGGGCCGCUGUACCGCCGCGACCGGCAGCGGAAGCAGCGGGGGGAGGAGUGCCCCGCCUACAGGGUCAAACUGGAAGCCACGCCCACCCAGCCCGCCCUUGCGUCACAUGACCUUCACCCGCUGCCCAGCCCCGCCCCGUCGCCCCACGCUCCCAGCUCCUUUCACCAGCUGCAGCCCGUGGCCUCCGGCGUGGGCCAAUCGGACGGCCUCGUGCUCCUGGACUGCUCCUUCGGCAGAGACCGCGCUGUGGCGCUGCCCGCCCUCCCCUACGCCGGACUGUACCACUCCAGCUACCAGGGCUGCGCCCAGAGCCAGCCCUUCAGCCAGGCCCUGCCUGUGGCCACGCCCCCAGUCUUACAGGCAGCCCCGCCCACGCCCUGCCUUCUCACAGAACUCCUGCAGGGGGAGCCAGAGGAGACGCAGCUCUGCGCCAGGGUGCUGGCCAGCCUGCAGCGGGAGCAGGCGAGCCGCGGGAAGCACGACUGCCUCAACACCUUCAGCAUCAUGUGCAAGAUGGCCGACCGCACGCUGUUCGCCCUGGUGGAGUGGGCCCGGAGCAGCGCCUUAUUCAAGGAGCUAAAGGUAGAGGACCAGAUGAGUCUGCUUCACAGCUGUUGGAGUGAGCUGCUGGUGUUGGAUCACCUGUACAGGCAGGUGGCAUAUGGAAAAGAUGGCAGCAUCUACCUGGUCACCGGGCAACAGAUCGACGUAUCCACCAUACUGUCCCAGGCCGGUCCCAUGCUGAGCAGUCUGGUGACCCGCUCACAGGACAUGGUGUCCAAACUCAGGACACUGCAGAUGGACAGACAGAAGUUUGUGUGCCUAAAGUACCUCGUCCUCUUCAACCCAGACGUGAAGGCGGUGCAGGAUCGAGGGCUGGUCGAGCGGACUCAGGAGCGGGUGAACCGGGCCCUGAUGGCCCACGCCCUGCAGACACACUCCGGACACUCGGACACGUUCGGCCAGCUGCUCCUCAGGCUGCCGGAGGUGCGGAGCAUCAGCCUGCAGGUGGAGGAGUACCUGUACCAGCGCCACCUGCAGGGGGACCUGCCCUGCAACUCCCUGCUCACAGAGAUGCUGCACGCCAAGCAGGCCUGAGAACUGCCACCGCCUGUCAAUCCCCACCGUGCUGUCCCUGUAAGCCACCAUCGUGCGCCAAUCAAGACCACACCCCGCCUCUGACACACCCACAACUCUAUCAGAACUGGUCUCCGCCUCUAAACUAUCCUCCUGUCGGUCAGUGGGUGGCAGUGCUGGUGAAGGAACUGGCUUCGUAACCUAAAAGGGUUGCGGGUUCGAUUCCCACGCAGGGCACUGCCGUUGUACCCUUGAGCAAGGUACUAAUGGCCUUUCUGCAUUGCUUUAGUUAUAUAUCCAGCUGUAUAAACAGAUGCUAUGUAAAUAAGAAGCUGUGGGAGUCGCUCUGGAUAAGAGCGUCUGUUCAUGUCAAGGCCACACUCUGACUCUACACCACUGUCGCCUUUCAACUAAAGCCAAGCUCCACUGACCAUCGUAUGUCACUGAACCAUCGCUAUGGCCCACCCGCCACUCAUCUCAGAAGAACCAGUCUCCCUUUCCCUCCCCCCAUCAGGCACUUGGUGUGAAACCCAAGGAGAAACCGCCAAUGAGAAGAGACCGCCAAUAAAGAUAUCUCACCAC